AUGUCUGAUUUUUAUGCAAGAUGGUCUGUGAUGUUACGGCUAGAGGUAGAUGAGAGGGAAGUGAGGCGCGGGAAAGGAGGAACGGCAGCGGAGGAGCGCGGACCGCGCCGGCGAGCGACGCACCUGCGGACCUGCAGGCGGGCGCCCACCCCAGCGCCGGCCGGUGCGGCAUUCAUCACGUGUGCCGCUGCCGCCUGGACCACGUGGCCGCAGCGGGCCGCCGCCCAGCGCGCGGCGUUUUUUUGCCCGCCUCCCGCGAUAAAGCCAGUAAAAAGGCUCAAAAAUGCGCCGGCGAAGGCGGAGUCGCGCCGCGAGACGCCAAUGCGGGCGGCCGGUGGCGGUGACGCCCCGCCCCCACCUGGCCGCGUCCCGCCCCCGCCGCCUCCACCUCCGGGCUCGCGGCGCCACUUUUUCUCCCCUUAUCCCGCGGGCGCGGCGGAGGAGCGGCCCGUAGAGAGGAGCGGGGAGAGGCGAGAGGGGCCUCCUGGUACUGGUCCUCCUCCUCCUCCUCCUCCUCCUCCUACUCCUGCCCUUCUCUGA